CUACUUGUCUGGCCUCGAGGCUGAUGGUGGGUCCGUACGAGAGAGGCGACCUCAACGUCUUCCAGAAGAUCACCAAGGCGGACAGCUCUCUCAGGAAUGACCAGGUGCGAGUGGUGGGCAUCUUCGUGAGCAGCGAUAGUCGGGAAGAAAGCUGGGCCGCUGCCAUCGACCCCUCCGGGUCCGUGCUAGACCAUCUGCAGAUCCCCCGCAGCCGAGACCUAAGGGCCAAGAAGCUCAAGGCGUUCAUCAAGGCGAACCGACCACACGUGGUAUGUGUGAGCACCUCGGCGGGACAGGCCAGUCGGUACAUGAUGGACACGCUUGUUGACAGGAGGUCUGGCCAGCACGGAGAGCCCAAGACGGGAGUGUUGGCGGAUGCCCACCGCGAGUACCAGCGAGAAAGGGGCGAUUAUGACGACGAGGAUGAGGAGGAAGAAGUCUGGAAGCAGUGCUCGCUAGCCCCUGUGAAGGACGACGUGGCUUGCGUCUUCGCGAGAUCGACCAGGGGAGAGAAGGAGUUCGCCGACUUUUCUGUGAACCAGAGGGCCGCCGUUGGGCUGGCGAGAUACCUGCAGGACCCCCUCGUCGAGUUCGCAGGCAUGUGGACCACCAUGGACAGCUCGGGAAACUUCGGGCACGAGAUGUUCUCUCUCAGACUUCACCCCCUACAGGACCAGGUACCUCCGCAGCAGCUGCUCAAGGUCUGGACGCACCGCAUGAUGGACGCCGUCAGCGCUGUCGGCGUUGACAUCAACCACGCGGCGGAACACGAGCACGCCGUGGGGCUCCUGCAGUUCGUACCAGGGCUGGGCCCCCGCAAGGCCUUCAAGCUCAGGGAGAGGCUGGGUACCGUGCUGGGGGGUGUGGUGCCUUCCAGAAAGGCGCUGCUCAGCUCGCAGGUGCUCAAGUCGCUCGUAUACACGAACGCAGCCGGGUUUCUGCGCAUCCGCGAGCGGGGGAAGCUUGCGGAGCAACUGGAGGGACAGUUGGACCCGUUCGAUGAUACGAGGGUGCACCCUGAGUGCUACAACACGCAGGAUUGGGCGCAAAGAAUCUGUGCCAACGCUCUCGAUGUGCAGGUGAACCAGCUGGACCUGACGGCCUACGCCGAUGAGCUUCAGAGGCAGGGGGAGGGCAAGCGAGCGCAGCAGCUCGACAGCAUCGUGGAGGAGAUCCGUUAUCCUUACAGGCAUGGAAAUGAUGAAAUGAUAAAUCAAAUGGUGGUACAUGUGGACCGUCGAAUGCCUUACUCUACUCCCGGUGAGGAUGAGCUCUUCGAGUGGCUAACCGGAGAAACGGACGCCACGCUUCGAGAGGGAGUGCUGGUUCCCGUGCGAAUCAUGAGGCACAACGAUGCCGGAGUUCGAGUCCGACUGGAAGGCGGUCCGGGACUGUUCGGUUUCGUUCCUGGCGACUACGUCACGGACGACGUGCUUCCCCCGGACCCCAUCACCGGCCAGGGAGUCGUGAAGGAGAACCAGCUGAUGGAGGCGGCCAUCAUCAAGGUCGACAAGGCUCGUUUCGAGCUCAAGCUGUCCCUGAGAAAGAGCGACACAAUGCCCGACCCGGACAAGGCACUGAAAGACGACGAUGAAUUCUUGGGGCUCGCUUUCGAGCAACCCCUUGAUAGUGAUAUGCGUCGCAUCUUCUAAUUGCGGGCUUGGUACAUCUAUGCCGUCGGUCAAACAAUGUCGACCCCAUUAUGAAAUGCCAAGUACAUAGGUGCCCCGAUAUAGUGCCGGUAUGUGUCCAGGCGAUUUGGCCGGCACUCUACCGGGCACCGGCACUAAUCAGAAUUGUGCCUGAACAGUUAGGGGUGUCAAAGCGGAAAAUUUCCUAUAGGAAAAAAUUCGAAAAAGCGUCCUCGGAUCUUGCUGAUGGAAAAUCGACCAACCAAUGAAAUUGCACGAAACCGUCGGAACCUCCCGAAAAGACCCUCUGACGCACACGCGCGAGGGCGCGGCUCGCCUGUGUGCUUUGCGCCCUGCUAUGUGGCACAGCACAACACCAUUGCGCGGUCCCACUCUAGAACACAUGCCUCAUAACACACCCGAGCAGCAGCCGGGCGGUGAAGCCACGCAGACACCUGCCGCCGCCGCUGCUGCUGCUGCUGAAAAAAACAGCAGCAGCAGCGGCGGCGGCGGCGGCGGCGGCAGCGGCGGCGGCAGCGAGGUUGAGCCUGGCUCUCUUCCACAAUUUUCUUACUUUUGACCAACUCCUCCUUCGUUUCCUCCAGCGUUCUCUCUUCGACGGUGAGGCUGCCGCGUUCGAUAGCGCGCCGCGUGUUAUCUUCUGCUGACGUGGCAACCAUACACUGCCCCGUCCUCUCUUCAAACUUCGUUUUGUGUUGAUUCAGCUUUCGCGCAGCGCGCCUCCUGCUGCCGAACGGCGCGGACCUCGAUUUUUUUUUUGGGAGGGUCUGCUGGUGUGGGCACUGCAGCCCCCCUGGAGGGGCCGUUUUCAGACAAGUAGAUCUCGUGGUUGGCUGAUGCGAUUCGGAUGCGGUUUGUUGUGUGGUAUAGCUGUAAACCCAAGGUAGAGGGCUGUAAGCUCGCUUUGUCGAGAGGAGCAACGGUCGCCUUGGGCGUGGAGCAAAGAGCCACAAAAAACAUGUUUUUUGGUGUUGUUCGUCCGCCGUUUAACUUGAAGAGAAAACCGAGCUUACAGUUACCUCUAUUGGACCUGUGUCCAGGUGUGUGUAACGCAUGAAGAGCCAUGCUGCUGUCUGGACGCAGAGCUGCCUGUACAAAUUGACUUGAUGUAUAGUUUCUUCAGUAUUAACAGCGGGAUUCUCAAGAACCAAAAACCAACCAAAUCCGCGUGCCCCCCUCAAAUUUUGCCGAAUGGACCGGCCGUUUUUUUGGCCCCAAAUUCCGCCGCUUUAACACCCCCAACAGUGCCAAACGUCACUAUUCAGGGCCUGAAAAAUCCCUCUAUAGUGCCGGCUUGGCACAAUUCAGGACUGUUCGACUUCAGAGUGCAGCUCUUGCGCUUUGCGGGGCUGACAGAGUACCAAACGAACGGUAUUUGGAUCAAUCGUGAGGUGGGCGACGUGGGCGGGCUUCAUAGAGUUUCGUGAGGCUCAUGGACUGUCGAAAACACGGCAUUGGUCACACUACAAUUUACUUGAUUGACCAGUUAGAUUUGUUGCACAGCAUUUGUUCCCUU